AUGGCGCCGAAGCCCAUUCUCAUCUCCGGCGGCGGCAUCGCCGCGCUCCUUCUGGCGCACUACCUGCACCGCUCCCAUAUUCCCUUUCUCGUCUUUGAGCGGGAUGCGUCCAUCGUCUUCCGCGCCCAGGGCUACCGCCUGCGCCUCUCGGCCGGGGGUCUCGACGCCAUCGAGGCAGCCCUCGGCCCGGCGUCGUUUCAAAAGUUUUACGACGCCUGCGGCAAGACGGGCGGCGCCGGCGUCUCGGCCAUCGACCCGCUGACGGGCGAGACCCUCAGCAGCAGCAGCGCGCCGGCCGUGGGGCGCGAGCCGCUGGCGAGCCGGGACGGCAAGGUCGUCGGCAUCUCGCGCGGCGACAUGCGCAGGCUCUUCCUCGAGGGCCUCGAGGAUAAGGUGCGGUGGAGCCACCACGUCAAGGGCUACGCGAAGACGGACGGCGGCGUGCGUCUCGUCUUCGCCGACGGCAGCACGAGCGAGGAGGGCAGCCUGGUCGUCGGCGGCGAGGGCGUGCGCAGCGACGUGGCGCGGCAGCUCACCGACGGCGCCGUCAAGGUGUACGACCUCGGCGCGCGCGGCAUCCACGGCCAGGCGCCGACGACGGCGUUCCUGGGGCUCGGCGAGGGCGUGUUCCGCCUCGUCGACGACACGACGGAGCCCGACGACGGCAAGGUCUUUGUCAUCACCAACGUGCGCGCCGGCGACAUGCACGACCCCAACGUGGUCUUUGGGUGGACCAUGGUCGGUUCGCCGGGCGUCAUCAAGGCGCCGAGCGACGACUACACCAUGACGGGCGCACCGGCGGCCCGGAUUGCCAAGGCGCUGACGGCCCACUGGCACGAGCGCGUCAAGCCCCUGUUCGACAACAUGAACGAGCAGGAAGCGGCGUUUUGGAAGAUUUCGUGCUCGGACCCCAACGGCGUGCCCACGUGGGCGAACGAGCCGCGCGUGACCGUCAUUGGCGACGCCAUCCAUGCCAUGACGCCUGCUGGCGGCAACGGCGCGAACACGGCGGUGCGCGACGCGGCUCUGCUCGGCAGGCUCCUCGUUGAAGCCUGGGAGCGCGGCGACGGCGAGCACUGGCGGGGCGUGACCGAGGCGUACGAGAAGGAGAUGCGUGUAUACGGCAGCGAGGCGGUCAAGGAGAGCUUCGGACAGGCGACGAGCCUGUGGAAGGUCAAGAUUGACCUGGCGACGGCGCCGACGAUUAACGAGUACGUGGCGCCCAACUAG